UUUAUGCAUUAAGCACGCGUUGAAGAUUGCAAUCUGCCCUGCUGAUGCCUGUCAGCGCAGUGUUCUUCCCUUCUUUCCUCCUUUCAGUCGCGCUGCACAACCUCUGCUUAUGUACCGCUGUCGUCGUUAGCCGAGUAUUGAGCUACCAGCUGACCUACUUUCUGUGCUCUCUCCCAGCCGCCCGGUCCUGUUUACAAGCCACAGCCAAGCCGAGGAUGAGGAGUACUGUACCUGGGAAAACCGACGGAUAAAUCCAGCUGCUAGCUCGGAAAACACUAAAAAAAGAGGGGUAAAGUUAAAAUAAGCCGAGAGUUGGGGUUUUUUUUCUUUCUUUUUUUUUUGGAUAAGUGUGACAACAACGCAGGAAGGGACGCCGGUGCUUAAUAACGACGCGUUAAUAACUUGUUAUGCAAUUGAAGGCUUUCGGUGAAUGAGCCGCUGCUAGUUGAGCUCGGCUGCUAUGUUGUAGUUUAAAGAACAAAAAUGACGAAGAGAAGCUCUUUAUUUCUACCGGACACUCUUUCUUCAGGAUUCUGUAUUCCUUUAGGGGAAUCAAGAAGGUUUUGGGCAAGUGGUUUUUUCCAAUAGAGCGUUCCAACAAGGUCAGGACAAAUGGGACUUCCAAGACUUCAGAAAGGGCCUGGUUGGCAGAGGGAUACCAACAGCUGUGUGGAGGACUUAAUGGAUGUAGAUGAGAAGGACAGGGCAAAAAGAGCAUCUCGCAACAAAUCUGAAAAGAAAAGAAGAGACCAGUUCAAUGUGCUCAUCAAGGAGCUGUGCACCAUGCUCCAAGGUCAAGGCCAUCCGCGCAAGAUGGACAAAUCCACCAUAUUGCAGAGGACGAUUGACUUUUUACAGAAACAGAAAGACAUCACUGCGCAGAAUGAGAUCUGUGACGUAAAGCAGGACUGGAAGCCCUCAUUCCUCAGCAAUGAAGAGUUCACUCAGCUCAUGUUGGAGGCCCUGGAUGGCUUCCUUGUUGCAUUAACGACAGAUGGCAACAUCAUAUAUGUGUCUGACAGUGUGUCGUCACUUAUUGGCCAUUUACCGUCAGAUAUGGUGGACCAAAAUAUCUUGAAUUUCCUCCCGGAGCGCGAACAUGGCGAGGUGUAUAAGCUGCUAUCAUCCCACAUGCUGAUGACUGACCCCGUUGCUGCUGAUUUCCUUGACAGUGAAACACAUAUUGAAUUUUGCUGUCAUCUAGCCAGGGGUAACAUGGACCCCAAGGAGCCUCCUGUGUAUGAAUAUGUCAAGUUUGUUGGAGAUUUUAAGUUUCAUAACCAUGUGCCUACAUCUUCUUGUAACGGGCAUGAACUGACGUUACCGAGGAGUCUGCAGUCGUCACUGGAGGAGCAGGUCUGCCUCAUAGCAACUGUACGAUUAGUCACUCCACAGUUUCUGAAGGAUUUGUGUAACGUGGACGAUCCUUGUGAUGAAUUCACGUCCAGGCACAGCCUUGAAUGGAAGUUCCUGUUUUUAGAUCACAGAGCAUCACCAAUCAUAGGCUACUUACCAUUUGAGGUUCUUGGGACUUCGGGGUAUGAUUACUACCAUGUGGAUGACUUGGAGCUCAUAGCCCAGUGUCACAAGCAAUUAAUGCAGUUUGGAAAGGGUAAAUCCUGCUAUUAUCGCUUCCUGACCAAGGGACAGCAGUGGAUUUGGCUGCAGACUCAUUACUACAUUACUUACCACCAGUGGAACUCCAAACCCGAGUUCAUUGUCUGCACUCACACUGUUGUCAGUUACUCGGAAGUGCGAGCUGAACGGAGGAGAGCUUUUGGUCUGGAGGAGCUUUUACCACCUGAGAUAGCGCCAUCCUCUGUGAAGGCUCAGGAGUUGUACUUGGACAUCUGCUCCACCCUGGACGCAACGAGGGACAGAAACAGCGGCGCACGUUCGGUGUCCUCCCACAGCUCUCGGAAAUCCUCCCACACCGCCCUGUCGGACUCUUUGUCAGCAAACUCCUACACAGAGGCCUGCACACCAUCAUGGCCGUCAGCCUCCGUUGGACCAGAGAAGACACCUGCCAGACUCCAGCCCAGUGGGUCAAAGAAUUUGGCUCAAAGACAAAAUUCCUUUGACCUUGUUCCCCAAAUGAGCCUCUCCCUUUCUCCAACCUGCAGCAAGCACUCCACCAUGCAGCAGCAAUCGCAGCAGCAGCAGCAGCAGCAGCAGCAGCAGCAGUCCUCUGUUUAUCAGCUGCAGCAGCCUCAGCUCGGCGUAAUGAACCAGCUGAAGGAACAACUGGAGGAGAGGACGCGCAUUUUGCAGGCCGACAUCAAGACGCAGCAGCAGGAGCUGCACGACAUUAAGGAGAAGCUCCAUCUUGCUAAUCUACAGAUGUUGUUACAGCAGCCUAUUCACAAUGACUUCAAUCAGGCCCAACAGCAGCAGCAGCAGCAGCAGCAACAGCAGCAGCAGCAGGGCCCAGGAAGGCCAUCACAACAGAACCAGAACCAGUCCAGUGUCAUCAGGCAACUCUCCGGCCAACCGAAACCAGCAGCCUGUGGGGCUCACAGUUCAUCUCCACUCUCUUUGAGAGAAAACACUUCACCGUCUGCACAGGUUCAGCAGCGGGCUCCUCAGAGCAGACAGAGCCAGUCGGUGAGCUUGCCGAUGCAGACAAACACGAGCCUGACGACGCCCUUCUACAGCAACCCCAUGAUGUUCUCCCAGACCAACACGAGGCCUCAGCAGGACACAAACCAAAGACAGACGGACAACCAGUUCAGCCACGAUGGACAAUUACGAAUGCUUCUCAACCAGCCGAUGCAGACCACGGUUCCGACUAGCAGCGUCACUUCCCAGUCCUCUCAGUGCAACAUGGGCAUCUCCCAAACUCUAUACAGCUUGGAGCAGCCGAUCACCUCUUUCACCAUGCAACAGGUCAACUGCAACGCCGUGCUCGUGCCCUCCCCCGUUUUCACCUCCCCCAUAAUGAUCCCACAUAACACCUUCAUCACGCAUCAGGCCCAGUCAGCCUACCACAGCCAGCCUCAGGCCUCGCACCACUCCGUGCAGCUCCAGCAGCCCCAGCAGUUCUUUCAGAUGACCCAAGGACUUGUACAUGGUGGAUCUGCUCCAGCUUUUCUACACACCACUAACGUCCCACAGCAAAGCACCAUGGGAUACAUUCAGCAGCAGCAGCAGCCACAAACGCAGCAACUGCCACUUGCACAGCAGCAGCAGCCACAGCAGCAGCAAAGGCAGUACCAACAUUCCCAAAACCAGCAAGGCAGUGUUUCAGACUUCAGGAGCAUGCUAACGCGGUAGCACCGAGGACUUCAUCUGAACGCUGAGGAUCUGCCUCUCUGACGCCGCCCUGCAGGUGACAGCACGCCGUCGAGCCUCCUAAUUCACGGGGGGGGGGGGGGGGGGGGAGGAUCCGGCCUGCACGUCGUCAUAGUGACACCACAAGUAGAGGCUGCGCUGACCCGACGGCGCCCGCUGGAUCCGAGGACAAUCUUGAGGCCUGGCGACGGCUGGAACGAGUGGAUCAUCAAAGAUGUUUGAAGAAAAAAAAACGAACAAACAAAAAAAAACUAUUUUAGACCGACAAGUGGAGGUUUUCUUCUAGCAAAGUUCUCAUAUAAGUGUUUGCACUUUGGUACCCCUAUCUUCCCGGAAGUAGAAUAUUUAUUUAUUUUUUACCUAAGAUCAAACUUUCUGCUCUGUUCCUGAUCUCCGGCUCAGCUCCCCUCCUGUGGCAUGACGCUAAUCUACUUGUGACACUUUAUUUCCAGUGAAAAUGGAGAGUCUGAGGCGAGUCCUGUUGUCCCCUCCGACCCUUUGAACCACGAUUUAGGCAUGUCGAGUCACUACAGCAGAACUUUACACGACAAAACAACAAGUGCGACGACCACUUUAUCAAAAGGCAGGUGCGACGUAACACGCACUACAGCUGGAAGCUGGAGGUCUAUCUAGAUUUUUAAAGCCUCAAUCCGGGACUGAAGGAGCGAGGGGUGCCACAGCCGUCCCACCGCAGAUCUCUGCAAACUGAAGCGGUCGCCGCACAGCACCGGGUGUCGGCGAGCUGGGAGGCGGGGAGGACGAAUUGUGCCUUCAAACGUGAUAGCGUUCAUGUUGUGGUUCGAUUGGUUGCGUCUGAUUAUGGCUUUAAAAAUCCAGCUCAGGUCCAUUUGGAAUAUAAAAGGUAUAUUUUCGUAAGAGCAUAAUUUGUUAUUAAAACAUAAGACAUCCAGAUUUUCUAAUUAAUAGAUUACCUAUAUAUAUAUAUAUGUAGUAAUUUUUGUGACCUCAAUGUAAGUCCUUACUUUCUGAGCAGUGUCCGUUUCAAAAAGAGUCCUUUUUGAAAUCAUUACACAACACAAACUACCUAUUGGAAAUACAAGCUGGUCUUAUUCACAGAUGUUCUGACAGAAAUCGCUCCGAUAUGCUCAGAGGUACAUGCCGGGUCUUGUGCUUGCCCCAUUUCAGAAAAGCCUCAUGCACACAAGAAAAGCGUAAAUUCAUGUUCCCAGCAGUCCAAUCAGCUGCUUUAUGAAUGGAAACUUGCACACCGCCCCGGUAAAGAUGCGUAAAAAGCCUUCAAAUAACUAACACUGCAACUUCAAAUAGUAACACAGCAUUAAGAAAACCCCGCCUGUAAUUUGAUUCAUGUUGGAAAAGAAAGGUAAAAAAAAUAUGAUAAGCUCUGCAACAAACAGUGGCAUCUUGAGAUCACCAAGUCUCCAUGGCAACCUUUAGAUGCCAUGUAAAAGUUGCCACACAAACCCCACACGUGUGGAGUUUGCAAAAAGCUGCUGGGACUUAAACUGAAGCAGAUGUCGUUUGGGUCAGAUCCGACUACUCUUUAAACUUUGGUCAUCCAUGGACAACUUCUCAUUUUAGCUGGUCUUGGUUAGCCACUUUAACUUCAACUACCUUUCAACCACAUCUAGACAUCUGAAGAGUAUUUACACAGACAGUUUUUAUUUAACUUUUCCCAUUUUCAUCCACCAUAACCACUUGGGUUAGGCAUAAAACAAGAGACAUAGAUUGGAGAAAGAGUUUUGCCCACUGUUUAGUAUAUAGGAGGAUCAGUGAUGCUGUGGGCCCGUCCUUGUUGGGAAUCUGGGUAGCCUAGCCUGCAUGGCAUUUUGAAUCCUUUGCAAUAUCAGGACAUGUGAUGUAAAAAUAAAAGCGUGUUGAUUCUGGUGUUGAUUUAGCAAACUGAACAAAUGUUUUUUCUAAGUGUUUAGUGCGAGGUGAUGCUUCUGCGGCAUAAGAUGAAUUUAUUUGGGGGCUUUUUACACAUCUUACAACAGGGGUGCGAGUCCAACCGUCAACCUGUUCUGCGACGGCUUGUUUGACUAUUUCAGAAGGCUACAAAUUUCCAACCAGGUGAGCGGAGUUUCAGAUUGUUGCCUGCGACGGUUUCAUUCACACUAAAAAAAACACAGACGCCUCUGUUUAUUUUACCAUUCUACAUUGAGAACUUAUAGAGCUACUUCCAUCUGAAAGACACUACUUUACGUUAGCGUGGUGAAAGAACACGUUUCGGAUUCUGUGGAGCUACUUAUCGGCUGUUGCAGCUGCUCCCCUUUGUCUCAAUCAGCUUGGAACAGACGAGCGUGUGCAGGAGCCAUUGUUUUGAUUGUCUCUGUUUUGUGGAUAAUACAGAGACGACGGUUAACAGAAAGAGGAUUGGAGUGUGUUGCUGCAGUCUGUCCAGGAAGGGGAAAAAAAGGAAACCCAUUAAAACAUCACAAUUACAUCACCGUACAAAGACAAUCAGCAGAAUAUACUGUAUUUAAACUGCCUGUACCACAGUGUGACUUCACAAUUUAGAAAAAGAUUUAAAUCCUAUAACGUACUCCCCUCGCCCCCCCCCCCCACCUCUCUUCUGGAUUUUAAUUGCACAUGUUGUUGCUACACUUUAUAGAAAGCAGCACAGGGGGAGCGCAGAGAGAGAAGGAGGGGAGGUGUUUGGUGAUGAAUAUGAAAGCGGCUCCGUCCAGCGCCGGAGCCGCCCACGUUGCACGACGAAACGUAGCGAACUCAGCAUGUACGUUCAGUGCCGUUUUUACACUUUUUUACGUGCAAUGUCGAUUUAAAAAAACAAAGAGAGAGAAAAAGAAUGUUAAUUUAUACUGUUGGAAAUGUUUCCAAACAGAUGUACAUAGAGGUGUAUAAUAAGCAGUUGUUGCCAUGUAAUUUAUAUGGAAGUAUUUUUUUAAACGGAAAUGUCCUAACAUUCCUUUAGCAGUAUUUUUUAUUUUUUAAAAGUUUGAAGCGCGUCCUCUGAAGAGUAGGAUUAGACAGGACUUUUAUCUGCAUGGGGAUGCGGUGCUCUGGGCCGGAGGCUCCCAAAGAGACUGAACUGAAGGGUCUGAUAGUCACCUUGAGGAAGAGAUUAAACAAAAAGAAAAUAAAUCUGAAUUUUUAUUAUUGCGGCUAAUUCACCUAACAUUUAAAGGUA